GAAGCUGACAGACUUACCCCAACAACUUAGGGAAGAUGGCCCAGCCAGGAGGAGUCGCUCCCAAAUUCUAUUGUCCCCUUCCCUGAGCCAGGGGGUAAGGGAGAACUUUCCCACCCCAGGCGCGACAGGAGAUGGCUCCGUGGCCUCACAAGAACGGCUCGCUGGCUUUGUGGUCAGAUGUCCCCACGUUGGACCCCAGUGCAGCCAACACGAGUGGGUUGCCAGGGGUGCCAUGGGCAGCGGCAUUGGCUGGGACGUUGUUGGCGCUGGCCACGGUGGGAGGCAACCUGCUGGUAAUCAUAGCCAUAGCCCGCACGCCGAGACUCCAGACCAUAACCAACGUGUUCGUGACUUCGCUGGCCACAGCUGACUUGGUAGUGGGACUCCUCGUAAUGCCACCGGGGGCCACUUUGGCGCUGACUGGCCAUUGGCCCUUGGGUGCAACUGGAUGCGAACUGUGGACGUCGGUGGACGUGCUCUGUGUAACUGCCAGCAUCGAGACCCUGUGCGCCCUAGCUGUGGACCGCUACCUAGCUGUCACCAACCCUCUGCGUUAUGGCACACUGGUUACCAAGCGCCGAGCUCGGGCGGCGGUGGUCCUGGUGUGGGUCGUGUCCGCUACCGUGUCCUUUGCGCCCAUCAUGAGCCAGUGGUGGCGCGUAGGGGCUGACGCCGAGGCUCAGGAGUGCCACUCCGAUCCGCGAUGCUGUUCCUUCGCCUCCAACAUGCCCUACGCGCUGCUCUCCUCCUCCGUCUCCUUCUACCUUCCUCUCCUGGUGAUGCUCUUCGUCUAUGCGCGAGUGUUUGUCGUGGCUAAGCGUCAACGGCGUUUACUGCGCCGGGAGCUGGGCCGUUUCCCGCCGGAGGAGUCUCCGCGGGCUCCGUCGCGCUCUCCGUCCCCUGUCACAGGCGGGACAGGCUUGGCUCCGGAUGGAGUGCCCUCCUGCGGCCGGCGGCCGGCGCGACUCCUGCCGCUCCGGGAACACCGCGCCCUGCGCACCUUAGGUCUCAUUAUGGGCAUCUUCACUCUGUGCUGGCUGCCCUUCUUCCUGGCUAACGUACUGCGCGCCCUCGCCGGGCCCUCUUUGGUUCCCAACGGGGUUUUCAUCGCCCUCAACUGGCUAGGUUAUGCCAACUCCGCCUUCAACCCGCUCAUCUACUGCCGCAGCCCGGACUUCCGCGACGCUUUCCGCCGUCUUCUGUGCGGUUGCGGUGGCCGCGGGCGGGAGGAGCCACGCGCUGUCACCUUCCCAGCCAGUCCGGCGGGAGCCACAGCGGCUCGGGCCAGCUCAGCCGAGUCCAGGCAGAGCCGGCCGCUCAACAGGUUUGGCGGCUAUGGAGGUGAGCGGCCAUUUCCCCCAUGAAGGAUCACCGAGAUCCAGCAAGUAACCUAGUGAGUCCCCAGGCUGGAAACCUCAUCUCUCGGGAGCCUCCUAACUAGACUGCAAGAUGCCCUGCGAAAGGGAACUCUUACCAAGUGGGUUUCACCGGAAGACCCACCUUGCACUUCACUACUACCUCAGCAGCCGGGAUGUCACGCCACCUGGGCCCGUUUGCCCUGGGCUUUGAAGGGAUGCCCAUCACCCUGCUUGUGUGGUGUGUGUGUGUGUGUGUGUGUGUGUGUGUGUGUGUGUGUACUCUGUGCUUAGGGCAAAGAAAGCACCCCUACCUACCUCCCUUCUUUCUGCUUUCCUGACCCCAGUAAGCGGCUUGUGAUUCUGUGUCUCUGGUUGGUUUGAGGGCAGGAAGCCAGCGAAAAAAAACAACCAAGUUUGAGGUUUAGACCCAUGGCUCUCUCAGACCAUAUCUUGCGUUCCGCACAAACCAGCUCUGAUCUACCUCACAGUCGGGACAUCAAGGUUUGGGGGGAUUCCAGGAUUCAUGGAACGUGAACCGCUGGAAUGGCUCCCUUUUCCAUUUAAAAUCAAAUUAAUAAAUAUUACUGAAUGUGACUUGUCCUUUUGUUCUCUUCAAA